AUGGCAGGCGAACAAGAUACGAGUGCAUACGGCGAAGCAAUUGAGGAGCUGCAAAAAGCUAGAAUAAGAUUAAUUCCUGAAAAUGCAUAUUAUAUUCCUGAAUUUAUAACACAGCACGAGGAAGAGCAGUUGCUUCAAAAGAUCACAUCCGUUCCCAUUCCACGAUGGAAAUAUCUUUCCCGGCGACGUCUUCAAUCGUGGCCAUGUGCAUUGAGCAAAUCCAACACUCUUUUAGCCUCUCCCCUCCCACAAUGGUUGAUUUCGCCUAUUAUUUCCCGAUUUACGGAGCUUGAGGUCUUUCGAAAUUCGCCUCACAAAGCUCCUAAUCAUGUACUUAUCAAUGAGUAUCUACCCGGCCAAGGCAUCAUGCGUCAUGAAGACGGGCCCGCCUACUAUCCCGUAGUCGCGACUGUGAGUUUGGGAGCACCGAUAGUGUUAGAGAUGAGUGAGAAACUGGUCAAUCAUAAUCACUUGCGACUUGAAGGGUCCGAGAGGACGGGAGCAUCACAAUUUAGAAUAUUGCAAGAGAGGCGAAGUUUGUUGGUAACGACAGGGAGAUUGUACACGGAUUACUUGCAUGGGAUUGAUGAACGGAUGAUGGACGUGGAUUUGAAUCCACAAACUGUUUGCAACUGGGAACUGUUGGGGGAUAAAGAAGCAUUUGUAACUGGAAGUUAUGAAAGGGAGACUAGAAUAAGUCUGACUUAUCGAGAUGUGCUCAAUGUCUCAAAGCUGGGAAAUGGUAUGAAAUUCUUGGGCAGACAAUAA